ACCCACUAGAUCUCUCACUAGUUGUGGUUGCUUUCAUUUUUCAGGUCAUUUAAUAACAAGACUUGCAGAGAAUGGCAUUUCUUACCAAAUAACAUCAAAUCCAAUCGAAAAAUCUAUUCUAUGGACUAUGGGCAUUCCAGAACAAUUAUCUCAGAUUCCUUCUGAACCUGUCGACAUUAAAUAUGUGUUACUUUUAUAUGAGGCUGAGGAAUUCUGCAACCUUGUCUUGAAUGGGUAUCUCCUGGAUCAUGCUUCCAAUGUCCAGAGCCUUUAUCCAUUGCAUCAGAUCUGUUAUCUCACAAACAAGCUUAUGGCUUACAUUAAUAAAAGGGAACAAUGCCAGUACAAGGACCCCGCCAAUAGUUCUUGUUGGAAGCGCCCACCAAUUGAGGAGGUGUUGGCUAAAUUAGCCACUCAGUUUGUGGGUGUGCAUUCUAGACAGUGCAUCGAUGAAGCUGAGGUAGCAGAACAUGUUCUGGGAUUAACAUGUAAUCUUGCAAUAUGCCAAUAUAGGAAGAAGUUAUCUCGACUAUCAAUAAAUGCAAAUGGAUCCCUUGUUCCCAAGGAUUGUGCUGACAAGGAUCGGAUAAAGAAAAGCACAUGGUUGAAAGCACUGCUGGCGAUUCCUAAGGUACAACCACGAUUUGCCAUCGCUAUAGGGAAGAAGUACCCAACAAUGAAAUCUCUCUUGAAAGCAUACAUGAACCCAAAUAUAUCUGUACAUGAAAAGGAGUUUCUGCUAUCGGAUCUUAGAAUAGAAGGUUUGCUUGGGGACAAUAGAAGAUUAGGAGAGAUUUGCUCAAAGAGAGUGUACAGAAUAUUAAUGGCCCAAUCAGGAGGCCUCAUAACCAAUGAUAUUGAAAGCGGGGCUGAUUUCUUUGGCCACCACCAACCAGUAGGCCUAUAUGACUUUGACGGUUAGGAUGUUGCUGUAAAUUCUGUAGCAUUUGGUAAGUAAUCAAGGAACCUACUACCACCUCACCCCAUACAACAAUCAACUGGUACAAGAUAU